GGGGGGCACGCUUGGGGGCUGCGGUCCCAUUGACUGUGUUCCACCUCCCUGACAGCAGCAUCGGCAGCAGCAAAGAGCAGAGCGCUGCACAGACUCCGCCUAGCCAACAUCAAACACCAAACCUGAACCUAGCGGUGGAGAGAUUUUACAGCAGCCAAACCCAGGCGUCGCUGAUUUACUGUAUAUUAUUAUCUCCCCGUUAAGAUGGGCUACCAGUAAUUGAAGGGGGUGGGAAGGAAACCCGAAUUGAAACAAAGCACAAAGGUGGGUGCACGCUGUCAUGAAAGGCUUGCACUAUUUCCAAGAACUGCUGCUCAGUCCAUGGACUGUACUGUAAAAAGUGGGUUUGCACAAAUAAAAAAGGCACGAUAAGGAAAGGGUAAAACAUGUCUACUUCACUGGGGCCCCGCGGCCCUCGCCCACCUACCGCGCCUCUGAUGGAAGAUCUUCCAGACCUUAGCCAUCUGACGGAGGAAGAGAGAUCUAUUAUAAUGGCUGUGAUGGUUAGACAGAAGCAAGAGGAGGACAAAGAAGAAGCCAUGUUAAAAGAAGAAAAUCCACUAGAAGCAAGAACUGUACUCCUUAUUGGAAAGAAACAGCCUGAACAAAAUGAAAGCAGAAGAUUGCAUCAACAAUUUGAAAGCUACAAGGAACAAGUUCAGAAGAUUGGCGAAGAUGCUUGCCGUUGCCAUGGAGAGCACAAAGACGACGCCCCGACCUGUGGAAUCUGUCGUAAAACAAAGUUUGCUGACGGCUGCGGCCAUUUGUGUUCCUACUGCCAGACGAGAUUCUGUGCCCGCUGCGGAGGCCGUGUCUCUCUCCGUUCCAACAGCGAGGACAAAGUGGUAAUGUGGGUAUGCAAUUUAUGUCGUAAGCAACAAGAAAUUCUAACAAAAUCAGGAGAAUGGUUUUUUGGAAGAGGUCCGCAGCCAUCCAGUCAGGAUGGGGCUUUGAGCGAUACAGCGACUUGUGGUGAUGCACCUAGAGAAAAGAAGGUCCGGCUUCAGGAACGAUCAAGAUCGCAAACCCCCCUGAGCACUGUGGCAGGAUCCCAGGAGGCUCAGCCACAGAUUGCACUCACUGACAGGGGCGAGGGGCCAGACAUGCUAUCGUCCAGGUCAAGAAGUGAACCCCCAAGGGACAGGAAAAAACCCACACCAGUUCAAGAGCAGAAUAGGAAAGGAGGUCAUAAAACUGAAAGAAAGCGGGUUCCAAAAAUUCAACAGGGUGAGAGGCAGGGCCAGAGGCAAGCUGAGGAGCGCCACGAGAGCAGACGCUUGGAGAAGGGCAGGUCACAGGAUUACCAGGACUUGGACGAGGAAAGUAGAAAAGCUGAGGAGGAGAAACAAAGAAAUGAGGAAGAGUUUCAGACGCCGUACCGGAGUGACCCGAACUUAGCAAGAUAUCCCUUAAAACCCCAGUCGGAAGAGCAGCAGAUGCGGUUUCACGCGAAGGUUUCGAAAGCGCGGCACGAACGGAGGCACAGUGAUGUAGCUUCGGCCAAUACAGAGAUGGUGUCGGAGGUGCCUGAAAACAGACUGGGAAGGCGGUCUCAGCAGCCAGGAGCAGAGGAUCGCAAGUCGCCAAUGGAGAAUCAAAGGUCGUAUUCAAUAGAAAAAACUGGGGAUGUGCAAAUUUCGGUUUCUAAGAAAAUAGCCAAUCACAGCCCACCCAUGCAAAGGCACAGCCCGGUUCCCGCUCAACAGUUAGAGUGUAAGGACCAAGACUGGUGCAAGAAACAGUGCCACCUAGACCCCAGUUCUGCUGUAAUUAUCCACAAAACUAAGAGGGAGAAGAUGGAAACCAUGCUGAGGAAUGACUCCCUAAGUUCUGAUCAGUCAGAAUCCCUGAGGCCUCCCCCACCCAAACCUCACAAAACAAAAAUAAAGAAAAGGCAGAUGUCUGUCAGUAGCUCAGAGGAAGAAGGAGGGUCAACGCCAGAGUACACGAGCUGUGAAGACGCUGAGAUUGAGAGUGAAAGUAUAAGUGAAAAAGCUGCUGUCUUUGGCAGAAGACAGUUGGGUUGCCCAUCUCCCGAACAAUGCUGUGGUGACUGGGACUGUUUCCCAUUGGACACUGCCAUCUGGCACGUUAGUGAUACUUCCCCAAUAAAUACGCAUCCUGUUACAUGGCAGCCAUCCAAAGAAGGUGAUCAUUUAAUUGGACGCAUUAUUCUAAGCAAGAGAACAACUAUGACAAAAGAGUCAGGUGCAUUACUUGGAUUAAAAGUUGUUGGGGGGAAGAUUACAGAAACGGGAAGACUCGGUGCCUUCAUCACCAAAGUAAAGAGAGGAAGCUUAGCGGACGUCGUUGGCCACUUAAGAGCAGGUGACGAGGUGCUGCAAUGGAACAGCAAGCCAUUACCUGGAGCGACAAAAAAAGAAGUUUACAAUAUCAUUUUGGAGUCUAAAUCUGAACCUCAAGUCGAAAUAGUAGUUUCAAGGCCAAUUAGAGAUAUUCCUAGAAUCCCAGAAACAUCUCAUCCUCCACUAGAAUCUAGUUCAAGUUCUUUUGAGUCUCAGAAAAUGGAGAGGCCUUCUAUUUCUGUUAUAUCCCCAAUGAGUCCCGGAACCCUCAAAGAUGCACCCCAGGUUUUACCCGGACAGCUUUCAGUAAAGUUGUGGUAUGACAAAGUAGGACACCAGCUAAUAGUAAACGUGCUUCAAGCAACGGACCUCCCUUCGAGAAUGGAUGGCCGGCCAAGAAAUCCAUAUGUCAAAAUGUAUUUCCUUCCAGACAGGAGUGACAAAAGUAAAAGGAGGACCAAAACAGUUAAGAAAAGUUUAGAGCCCAAGUGGAACCAAACAUUUAUCUAUUCCCAUGUGCAUCGGAAGGACUUCCUAGAAAGAAUGUUGGAAAUCACUGUGUGGGACCAACCUAGAGUACAAGAGGAACAAAGUGAAUUUCUUGGAGAGAUCCUCCUGGAGCUGGAGACAGCCCUUUUGGACGAUGAACCACAUUGGUAUAAACUUCAGACACAUGAUAUAUCUUCACUACCUCUGCCUCAGCCAUCACCAUAUAUGCCACGGAGACGUGUGCAGGGAGAAAGCCCUUGCAAAAAGUUACAAAGAUCUCAGCGAAUCAGUGAUAGUGACAUCUCAGAUUAUGAUGUUGCUGAUGGUAUUGGAGUAGUUUCAACAGCUGCACAAUGUAGGUCAAACGAUCGAGAAAGUAAAUCCACAACACUUACUGUGCCAGAACAACAGAGAACGACACAUCAUCGCUCACGAUCCGUGUCCCCUCACCGCGGUGACAACCAGGGCAGGACCCGGUCCCGAAUACCAAGUGUGCCACUACAGAGGAGUUUAGAUGAAAUUCAUCAAUCACGAAGGUCACGUUCUCCCACUAGAUACCAGGCUGCCUCUAGAAGUCCAAUAGAACGCAGGUCUAGGGAUAUGGACAGUCAGUAUUUUUCAGAGGAAAGCGAGUUCCUCAUGCUGCCCAGAGCAAAACGAGGGACAAGUGUAGAGUGCCUGCAUACUAACAGUGAUCUGCAGCCCUCUCUUGACAGGGUUAGGAGUGCUAGUACCAACUGUUUGAGACCAGAUACUAGUUUCCAUUCACCAGAACGAGAAAGAUGUUCCCACUCACUGGAUAGGAGACGGCCUACUAGCCCCAGGAUUUAUAUCCAGCAUGCCUCCCCGGAGGAUGACAGGCAGUCAAGAACGCUGGACAGAUCUAGUAGCCACAAACAUGGUAGAAAAGACACUGCUUCUGAAAAUGAAAGAGCACAUCAACAAGGCAGCCUGUCUCAGUCGCCCCCUACAGGAGCUCCCUCGUCAGGACGCAGAGGAAGGCAACUCCCCCAGGUCCCUGUAAAGAGCAGCAGUGUAGAGCAAGCCCUAGCGGUAGAAGAGCGGGCACGGCAGAUGAAAAUGAAAGUACAUGCCUACGCAACAGCCACGAUGUCCAGCUCGAGUCAAGAGCUAGAGAGAGAAGUGAAGACCAAGCGGGAGUUAUAUAAAGAACAGCGCAGGAGUUGUGACAAUGUGUCCACUAGAUCCUCGGACAGUGAUAUCAGCGAUGUUUCAGCUAUUUCUCAUAUCAGCAGUACCUCUCGCCUCAGUAGCACAAGCUACAUGUCAGUGCAAUCCGAGCGUCCCCGAGGCAGAGUCAGUGCAUUUACUUCUAAAAUGUACAGCAGACAGAUGCGGAAUUCGGGGGGGAACAUGACGAAGAGCACAAGCGUGAGUGGGGAGAUGUACAACCUGGAGAGGAACGACGGCAGCCAGUCGGACACAGCCAUCGGGACAGUGGGGACAGGAGGGAAGAAGCGGCGCUCCAGCCUGAGUGCCCGAGUGGUGGCGAUUGUCGGCCUGCCAUCGCGGAAGAGUCGAAGCACAUCUCAGCUCAUCCAAAAAGAAGCUGCCCACAAGAAGUUGAAAAGUACCAUACAAAGAAGCACAGAGACAGGGAUGGCUGUGGAAAUGAGAAACUGCAUGGCUCGGCAGCCGAGCCGCGAGUCUACCGAUGGGAGCAUGAACAGCUACAGCUCGGAGGGGAAUUUGAUAUUCUCUGGGGUGAGGUUAGGAGCUGACAGCCAGUUCAGUGACUUCCUUGAUGGGAUAGGACCGGCACAGCUGGUUGGUCGACAGACUCUCGCCACUCCUGCCAUGGGUGAUAUUCAGAUCGGGAUGAUGGACAAGAAAGGGCAGUUAGAAGUUGAAGUUAUCAGAGCGCGUGGCCUCACAGCAAAGCCAGGUUCCAAAAACCUUCCUGCUCCAUAUGUUAAGGUCUACCUGCUGGAGAAUGGAAUAUGCGUAGCCAAAAAGAAAACAAAGAUUGCACGAAAAACACUUGACCCCUUGUAUCAGCAAUCAUUGCUUUUUGAGGAGAGUCCACAGGGUAAAGUUUUACAGGUGAUAGUCUGGGGAGACUAUGGGCGCAUGGACCACAAAUGUUUCAUGGGAGUUGCACAGAUCCUAUUGGAAGAGUUGGACUUGACCAGUAUGGUGAUUAGCUGGUACAAACUGUUUCCGCCUUCUUCCCUGGUGGAUCCCACAUUAACACCACUCGCCCGCCGGGCUUCCCAGUCAUCUCUUGAAAGUUCAACUGGACCUCCUUGCAUAAGAUCAUAGUGACCUGGUUGAAGAUUCAUACUAACGUACAACUUAGCAACUGGGACAACAAUCAGAACCAGACGUAAACAUGAUCAAAUCUUUGUUGGAGCCAGACAAUCACUCCUGUUGUUUUUUGCCGGUAGUACUUUUUUUAAAGAAUAGGGCUGUUAAAAAAUGGUAAUAAUAAUAAUAUCACUAUGCUGCUUUUGAUUGGCAGAACCUAGUGGGCUAGUGAGAGCCCUUGUUAUUUGUGAUAUUAUACAAUCAGAAUCAUGAGUAAUAUACUGUAGCUUAAAAGGAAACUAGAAAGUCCCUGACUCCAUUUAAUGAAAAAAAAAAAAGGUUUGUCCACACUUUGAGUGAAACCGUAAGCAGUGUUAACAGGAUUUUUCUGCACUUUUUCCACGAUGCUGGCAGAGUCCCUUUAGAAGUGCUGUAGUCUGUCUCUGUAAGCAUUGGAAAGUGUUCAACAAUUAAGAGCAACCCCCACUCCCCUCAGGAUGCCACUGGUUCCCAGCCUGGUUCUUAGCUCUCUCUCUCUAGUUUACAACAACACUUGUGCUGUUCCUUUCUUUUCUUUUUUCUUUUGUAUACAGGCUCACAUGUUUGCAUUAUGAACACAGGUUUUUAUGUUUUGCAUGGGGGAAAAUGUUCUGAAGCAAUUUCUUUAAAGCAGCUUAAGUCUUAAGUCUUCAUUGUGACAGAAAAACAUUAGCUUGUAAUCCCGUUUUUUUUUGUUUUUUUUCCCACUGCAAUCAUAAAGAGUUUUCUGUGAAUAAAUGUAUGCUUGACUUCCAGAGAUGUUGACCAAUAAAGGGUGUUUAACAUAUGACACUUUUGAGCUGUACCCAGGAUCCUCUGGAAGCGUGUUGCUUUGGACACCUCUGUUUGCCCUGGAUAGAGCACGGUACAAUUUGUUUGGGUUGCAGUGAAAGGUUUUGGUGAAAUGUCCUCCACAGGUUUAAUGUCAGACUUCAGUUUUACAUUAUGUUGAGAUUAAUCCAAGCAGAAAAGCUUAAUAUUUUACUGCAAAAGGUUUAACUUUUGAAGAAAAAGAAGCCAAAUUACAAUUCCCUCUUUGUCUAUUUUAUUUUAUCUUUGCCUUGACAAAAAAAUCCAUUUGUGGAUCAUUUCUUCUUUUCCUUGUCAAAAAAAAUAAACCUCUUUGUUAAUUUCUGUAAAUGUGACAAAAAGACUGCAGACUGUGCCACUGCAAUGAUCGUGUCUCUUUAACAGGCCAUUUUAUUUUAUAAUUACACAAGUAGAGCAGCAUGACUCUGGAACUGUUCAAAGCUGCAUGCACAUUUUGUAAACACAAAACAACAACAAAGAAAAGGUUAUUUAAAUAAAUGUGUGUUAGUACCACAGAGGCCAGCUUGUAUGUUGCAUGUACUCGUACAGUUUGCUCGUACUUAUUAUAAAAAGAGAUACCCGAGAAAUUGAAGCCGUUCGUUUUUGCAUAUAGAUAUUUUGCAGACUUUGAUCCAAGCUGUUUCUCUCAGUCUGGUGCUAAAUGUCUAUAGACAGACUUUAUUUUUUACCCUAUGGAGAAAAAGUGACGUAGUACAGACCAAACCUCUUCAAAUAAAUAUGUUGGUGUAGAGUCUUACUGUGGGGCUGUAACAGAUAUAGAAAUUGUACAAACAAGAUUUUAAUUUGUGUAUAUACACACACACACACACACACACACACACACAGAGGCAGUCCUCGAUUUAUGACGCACAGCACUUACGACUCUUUUGCAUUAUUACCCUGCUUGAAUAUACAACGUCGAUACAGCAUUUACGAUACGGCGAGACCUGAGCCAUGCAUCACGUGCGCAUGCUCGGGGUCUGAACCGCAGUACCUGCCUUGGUCGCCCUGACUUAGUCUAGCGUUUUUUUUUAUGCAUGUAACUUUUUUUUGUAGACUUUAUUUGCCCUUAACAAUGU